CUACCGCCAAACCAAAACUGCCCUAAAGAAAAUUGAAGGCUCAUUCUUUGUUGCGGAGCACUGAGUGAGAUGGGCAGCUCAGCCGGCGCCGCCGUUGAUGGCCGCACUCAUCCGGUGGACAAGGGCGUCGAUUAUGCUCAGUACUUUUGCACCUAUGCCUUUUUAUAUCACCAGAAGGAUAUGCUCUCCGAUCGGGUUCGCAUGGACGCUUACUUCAAUGCUAUUUUUCAGAACAAGCAUCACUUCCGUGGCAAGACUGUUUUGGAUGUGGGAACUGGAAGUGGCAUUCUUGCGAUAUGGUCAGCACAGGCCGGAGCAAGGAAAGUAUAUGCAGUUGAAGCAACUAAGAUGGCAGAACAUGCACGUAAUCUUGUCAAAGCAAAUAAUCUUCAACAUUUGGUUGAAGUAAUUGAGGGCUCAAUGGAAGAUAUAACUCUGCCGGAGAAAGUUGACGUGAUAAUCUCUGAGUGGAUGGGAUAUUUUCUUCUGCGUGAAUCUAUGUUUGAUUCAGUAAUAUGUGCUCGUGACCGCUGGCUCAAACCAACAGGUGUGAUGUAUCCCAGUCAUGCUCGCAUGUGGAUUGCACCUAUUAGGACUGGGUUAGUAGAUCACAAAAUGGGUGAUUACCAUUCAGCUAUGGAUGAUUGGCACAACUUUGUUGAUGAAACGAAUACAAAUUAUGGUGUUGAUAUGAGUGUUCUAACAAAGCCUUUUGCGGAGGAGCAGAGGAAAUACUAUCUACAGACAUCAAUGUGGAACAACCUUCAACCAAACCAUGUUAUAGCAGCUGCUGUAAUAAAGGAGAUCGAUUGUUUAACUGCUACUGUGGCUGAUAUAAAGGAAGUUAGAUCAAAAAAAUUUUCGUCAAUAACCACAGAAAACACAAAGCUUUGCGGGUUUGGAGGGUGGUUUGAUGUUCAUUUUCGGGGAAGAGUUGAAGAUCCAGCUGAAUGGGAGAUUGAGUUAACAACAGCUCCUAGUGUAGACUACGGCACUCACUGGGGCCAACAGGUUUUCCUAUUGCAUCCUACUCUCCAUGUCAGUGAAGGUGAUCAUUUAAGCAUUUCUUUCUUCAUGGAUCGCUCAAAGGAAAACCAUCGGUUGAUGGAAGUUGAUUUUGAGUGUGAUAUUCAACAGCAUUCCGGCAAGCUUCUUAAAUCUUUCAAAAACAAGUACUACAUUGAAUGACAGUGAUGAUUCCUUAUUCUGAGAAGUGGGAACAAUAUUUAAGAUGAGACGCAUACUUUUCUCUUUGGGGUCAACGGUAUUUAUUCUGAUCGAGGAAAAAAAAGGAAGAAAGUUGCACCCACUUUUUCGCUCAAACUUUCAGUGAGAGGCUGGGGCAUUUUUGCUGUGUAAAGAUAUUCAUGUUCUGAUGUUGCUUGUAACACGAAGUUAGAUGUGCGAUUUAUGGGAAUUUUAGUUUAAUGGUUUUUUUCGAGCAAUAGUUUUUCGUCUGGCAAUUAAAUAGAGGGAAAUUGAGAUGUUGCUUACUCCUCA